AUGGGAUUUAUUAAAUUUUAUAAAACUCGUUUAAGUCCAAUUGUUACUAUAACUGCUAUUCUCGUUGGUAUUCAUAUAUCUUGGUGGUCAAUUCAACAAAAUCCAGCACUUGUUGCACCUUCUCAACGUCGUCAUCAUUUAUUAGGAUUUCUACCACUUGAAUAUAUUAGACCUGAUAUAAUCGGUUGGAAUCGUACAGCUCGUGCUCGAGAAGCACUUACUAAAACACAAGACAAAAGACAAUAA